GGGCACUUCUUGGCAUCCACAGGAAAAUCAUAUGGGAUUAAAACCCCCCAGCAGAUUUGCUGAAAGCUGCCUCUUGAGGGUUACAAGUUCACCUUUUGCAUUUACAGCUGCUUGUUUGCUAUCCAUGUGGUAACCUCUGGACAGCCAGUAAUCCAUUCAUUAUCCCCACCGAUUGAGUGCAGGAGCAGCGCAGUGCUAACUACUUCACUCAGCUGACGGCAGACAACAAAAGGAGGAAAAUGAUGAAUUCGGACAAUUUAACCUCCCAAAGCUUCCUCUCUGCGAUUCACAGCAACACCAGCAAUUUAUUCUCAGGGCUCCAGUUUGUUCAGUCCUUCAAGCCACUCAUCAUCCCCUGCUACUCGCUGGUGGUUUUUAUUGGUGUCAUUGGGAAUUACCUUCUCAUCUAUGUCAUCUGCAAGACAAAAAAAAUGCACAACGUCACCAACUUUCUGGUAGGCAAUCUGGCUUUCUCAGAUAUGCUUAUGUGUGCAACCUGUGUGCCCCUGACCCUGGCCUAUGCCUUUGAGCCCCGGGGAUGGGUUUACGGGCGCUUCAUGUGCUACUUUGUUUUCCUGAUGCAACCUGUCACGGUGUUUGUGUCUGUCUUCACCCUGACUGUCAUAGCUGUGGACAGGUACUGUGCCACGGUGUACCCGUUCCGCAGGAGGCUCACCAUCCCCAUCUGUGCUUACAUCCUGGCUGCUAUUUGGCUGCUGAGCUGCACUUUGGCUGCCCCAGCCCUGGUGCACACCUACCACGCGGAGUUCCCGGAGCUGGACUUCUCCAUCUGUGAGGAGUUUUGGUUCCACAAGAAAAGAGAUCGCUUGGCUUACGCCUACAGCACCCUCAUCAUCACCUAUGUAUUGCCUUUGGCUGUCAUCUCCCUGUCCUACCUGAGGAUCUCAGUCAAGCUGAAGAACCGUGUAGUCCCAGGCAACGUCACCCAGGGCCAAGCUGAGUGGGACCGUGCCAGGAGGAGAAAGACUUUUCGCUUGCUGGUCUUAGUGGUGGCAGCCUUUGGAGUCUGUUGGCUGCCCCUGCACAUCUUCAACAUGAUAAAGGACAUCGACAUCAGCUUGAUUGACAAGCAGUACUUCAACUUCAUCCAGCUGCUGUGCCACUGGUUUGCAAUGAUGUCUGCUUGUACCAAUGCCUUCCUCUAUGCCUGGCUCCAUGACAGCUUCAGGGGAGAGCUGAAAAAAAUGUUUGCCUGGAGGAAGAAGAAAAUUGGACCCGCUACAAACUGCAUUAUGGCCAGUGUGGUGCUGUAA